AUGAGUGGCAGUAAUAUAAAUACUGGUGCUCAUAGUAAUAGGAGUAAUAUUGCCACUAUUGUUAAUAAUAAUGAUUUUAUAGGAAUUUCCUCAUUAUAUCCUAAGAUACAGCUACCAAAUAUAACAACUUUAUUCAAGACAAAACAGUUAUCAGAUACGCACAUUAAUAAUUUUGCUUUUAAUGAUAAUAAUGCUAUUAUUAGUGAUAAUAAUAAUAACAUUAGCAAUACCAGUUCUAUUAAAAACUUUAAUACUAAAUCAUACAGAAAAAGUGUAUUAUUAAAAAAUAAAAAUCAUACCCCCAGUAAUGAUAAUAUCAUAAGAAAUACAAAUGAUGGUACCAGCACCAAUGGCAACAACAAUAAAAAAGCUCAAGGUAGACCAGUUAGUUUGGAAGUUGAUAUAAAUGUAUCGUUAUACAAUAGUGUUAGGGAUUAUGUAAUCGAUCUAGUAUCAAAAAACCAACCACAACAAAGUAAUCCAUCUACCCCAUUACCCAUUAAUAGCACUACGAACACCCAGCUAAAUAACUUCAGUAUAAUCAAAACAACCUUAACUAAUCCCAAGACCCAUCAACUUGAUGAAAUCCAAUUAGACGAAGAGGAUUUAAAGAAAAAGGGUAGAAAAUUUAAAUGGAAAAUUGUUUCAAAGUCGUUCAAAUUCAUACCACAAUCAUCAAAAGAACCAAUUUUGCCACAUAUCAAAAAAGAAUUGAAUUUAUCCAGCAAUGAAUCUAUUGGGUUUAUUCGAGCACACAGAAAUCCGGGGGGCAAAAUCACAAAGUUUGAUUUCGUUCCUAUUUUAAACGAGGAUAUAAUCAAUGUUAAAUCAUUGAAAAAAAACAUAUGUUUCCCUAGAUAUAAGGCUCACAUGAGAAUAUCUUUAAUCAAAACCAGUAGUAUCGUCAACAGCACUGAAUGCACAAAUAAUACAAACCCCAUGAAGUUUUAUUUAAGUUAUAAAGAAUACAUGCACGACAUUAUAUGGAAAAACAAUCAUCAUAAGCAUUUAAAAUUUUUUAUAACAAGAGAGGAAGAUGAAGAUGAAUGUCAGAUAGAAAAAAAUAAAACAUUUAUAGAAAGUGAUACUAUUGAUAACAAAAAUUAUAGAAAUUAUAGAAGAAAUCCAUUUAUUGGUGGUCCUGAUGAUUCCGUAUGUAAAGAUAUAGAGAUAUGGAUUUUAAAAAAUUGA